CUUCGUUUCUUCUCACACCAUCUCUGCCAGCUGUUGCAUAUCAAGUUCUGGCUUUGAUUUACUUGAUCUAUCUAUCAUAUGGCCAGUUUUGUGGUUUAAACACCCCCGCGUUGCCGGUAGGCAUACUGUUGUCAGUGUGACUAUCCGUCGAGACGUUGGUCCAGAUUGGAAAAUAGGUAGGGAGUGACUGAAUCGUGAUUCAAACGAAGAGGCAAACAGACGCGUGAUUUACGAUCACUGUACCUGUGACUGGCUGGCGAUGAAUAGAGACGUGGUUGAAGGUAACUCUACCUCCCUCAGGUCCUCUGCCCGUUUUCCCGCUCCUCAAGAGUCUCUCGCUCUUAUGGAUACUCCUUCUCUACAUGUGAAUGAUCUGGGGCUUACACCUUCCCCUGGGCUUCAGCUGCGGGAAAAUUCCGUACAGGAUGAGAAACAUGACUGUUUCGAUAAUGAACAUGAACCGGCCGAUGCCGCCGUCGCGACCGAUGGGAUAGAGCAGAGGGACAAAGAAACCGGCCUGGAAGGAUUUGAAACCCAAAACAACACUAUUGAUUUGGGCCAGGAUUUAUUCGAUCCGCUGUUUGAUUCUACCAUUCCAGAACUCGGUUCUCUCUUCUCCCGCAAACGAACCGCAGAGGAGUCGCAAGAAUUUCUGCCUGAGAAACGACAACAGUUGGAAUAUCCUGAGACGCCGUCGCUUACCACCGAUUCGGAGCUCCAAUCACCUGCCUCUUUCUUCGACACCUUUGAUAACUUGUUUGGAAGUGGAGUUGACCUGCCGUUGGUAUUGCCCCAUAAUCCAAUACCCGAUUUCGAAGACGACACUGUCGAGCCUCCGUUGGGCACACCGAGAACCAGCACGCCUGGAGUAAGCGAAUCGACAAAGGGACGAUUUUUUCUGAACGAGCAGGACAUUCUUUCCACCACGACUCGCGAAAUCUUCCAAGUUGGAAAGCAGCCCGAAUACACCUCACCGUACCCAGCCAUUGGAGGACCGCUAGGAUAUAUUCCUUCAUCUCCGGGAAUGCAUGUCAAAUGCGUCGCUGUGGGGAAAGAGAAACAAGACCAUGAGAUCUUGAGUCUACAGACCAAACUCUCCCAGAUUACACGCGAGCGGGACCAGUACAAGAGGUCGCUACUGCAAUAUACAAAGCUGGACCACAACGGGAAAGUACCGGAACAGGUCCUUCGUGAAGAGAAUGCAAUGAUUCGACGAGUGUCAUCCAGGCACCAGGCCCGCGUCGAGAAAUAUAAGAAGGAAGCAGCCGAUUGGAGGGGCAAACUUCACGCUGUCAGCACCUUGUACAACGCCCUCUUGUAUGAAAUCCAAGUGGAAAAACGUGUCCCCACUGUUGAUUCCAUCCCAGCUGGGUACAAGCGGCCGCGAAUGUCAGCCUCUGUUCUGGAUCAGAUAAUCGGCCACGCUGCUGUGCCGCCGCCUCGUCCACAAAAUCCGGUGCACUUGCAAUCUGACAAAACGCUUAACGGCAAUAUUCAACCUUCUGCUCCGGCUACACAGCAAAACAGUCAUCGAGCUGUAACAAUUGAUUUGACCGAAGAAAAUGAAGCUCCCGCUGCCCAGCCUCCAUCUGAAGAAGAGCGUCGUGCAGCACUCAAGUCCCUGCAAAGCAAGAAAUACAACUGGUUAGAAGCUGGAAAUGGAAAAGAUGCGGCCGAAAAUACUGUCUCGAGUAUUGAUGACGAUGAGCUCGCUCUUAUGAUGGAAGAGGAACUAUCACGGGCAUAAUAUUGAGACACCCUUACCACAUAUUUGUUUUAUUGCAUAGCGAGGCGGGUCAUUUGUUAGCGUUGACGAUAUACUUUUAUUAUUUAUAAUCACAAUCUGUUGAGACUGUUACAUGUGUACUACCAGACUGUUUCGUGGUAGAUAGUGAAUGCU